UUGAAUUAUUUUUUACGGUUUCUAUGAAGAAGCUGCGUCUGAAGGAAUUGAGACACCAUCCCUAUGGAUUUACCUCGGAAGAUGACGUGUACAGAGACACUCAGAUUGAAGCGUUGAAGAAAAGAUUGACUACAAAGAUACUCGUUUCAAAUGAUGAAGUUGCUGAUUUAUUUGAAGAGGCCUGCCAGAGUACUGGAUCACUGAGUGACAGAAAAGAUGAGAGAAGUUCACCAGAAAUUGAGAAACGAAAACGUCGAGCUCCAAGACGAAUUAUGUGCAAUUCCCGUCGCUCCAGAUCUCUCUCGCCUUUUGGUCACAAAAACCGAUCGCACAAAAAUGCAAUGGAUAUGAAAAAAUAUAAAAAUCACAUAUGA